CUUUUGGCGGUAACUUUCCGUUUUUAGGUUAUGCGAACUGUCCAAAUCUCAAAUUAGUAUAAUACCGUAAAAAUGGGUGAAUACAGGGAAAGAGUAUGCGUGGAAUACAAAAAUCUAUCGGAUAAAUUCUCAAAAGACACGGCAAACUACAACAAACAAUACUGCAGUAUAUAUUUAACAAGAUUGAAAGAAAUGGAAGUACUGUUACUGGAAAGAAUUAAACUGAAGUGGGGUGAUAAAUAUCCAGUAAAAAAGUUGUAUAAGUUAUCUGAAGAGAUUAAUGGGAAGACUGUAAUUAUGGGUACGUUGUUUAAAGAUCAAAGUUUGAAGCCAUCAGUGCUAAAACAGUUAGCAGAGAGUAAUCAGUUGAAUCCGCAGCCUAUUUUGAGUCAUUUUACUGAUGAUAGUGAUGUGUUGUUUAUUGAGGAUGAGUUGCAGAGGUACCAUGUGCUUGGUAGUAUGAAAGGGAAUAAUUUAGUCACUGGUAUUACAUGUGCCCUAUUGGGUACGGAUGCUGGGAAAGGCAAGUUUUUAGUUGAAGAUUACACAUUUGCUGACUUCAGAGAACAAAUUGAGCGCCCCAUGAGCACAGAAACUCAUUUCAUAGUGUUUCUAAGUGGAUUGGACUUCAUAAAUCAACAAAAUUUUGCUGUAAACUUAGAACUCUUUAAUUUCUACAUUUCAGGGUUAAUAAAUGAUGAUUCAAAUGAUGUAAGUAAAAUAGCAAGAGUAAUAAUUGCUGGAAAUAGUGUGAGAACUAAGAAAGACACACAGAAACAACAAACAAUAUCAAUGACAUCAAGAGUAUCAGAAAAUGCUCAUACUAUUGAAGCUGUGAAAGUUUUGGAUACAUUUUUAAUGCAGUUAUGUCAAGUGAUAGAUGUUGACUUAAUGCCAGGUGAAAACGAUCCUUCAAAUCACAUAUUACCCCAGAAACAAAUGCAUUUUUGUAUGUUUCCUAAAUCAAUAGAAUACAAAACAUUAAAUCUUGUCCCAAACCCAUAUAAUUGCUCUGUAAACAAUGUUAACAUACUGGGAACAUCAGGGCAACCAAUAACUGAUAUUCUUAGGUAUUCGGAUAUAACAGACCCAUUAAUUGCCCUGGAAAAUUGCCUUAAGUGGAAUCACUUGGCCCCCACAUGUCCAGACACAUUAGGAUGUUUUCCAUUCUACGAAAAUGAUCCUUUCAUUAUCGAAAAAUGCCCUCAUGUGUUUUUUGCUGGCAACCAAGAAAAAUUUUCCAGUAAAAUGGUUAAAGGCCCAGAAGGACAAAAAGUUAGGCUUAUAAGUAUUCCAGAGUUCUGUGGAAGUUUUCAAGCUGUUGCUUUAAACUUAAAAACUUUGGAGUGUGAUUCUGUGGUUUUUAAAGCUUAGUUUUAAUAGGUUUUUUAUUUAUGUAUUUUUUGUAUU